AUAGUUUCUACACUUCUAGAUUGCUGUUUGCAGGACGGAGUGAUAUAAACUAAGCACUGGUGUGGUUUGUGAUGUUGAUGACUUUCUUUAAAAAGCCCUUUCAACAUUUGAAUGCGUGAUACUGUAUACAAUUUUAUUUCAACGUGGAGAAGAAGAGUUUGUGUUUAUAGGAAGCAGAAAUAAACUGCAGUGAAAUAUUAAUUUUUAUACGGUAGAAAACAGUCUGAACGAGAAAGCAUGACAGCACCCAGGAUCUGGCGAGCAGCAGCAACUGCGAGAUUGAUAUACAGUUUUAUACAAAAGGACCUCACCAGAAGGUUUUUGCCUGCUGCCUGUGCCUUCCAUACCACUUCAGUUGAGCAGGAUUCCAACAGAACGUCGAUAGUGCGCUGUGGAAGGCAGAGUUAUGGGAGAAUGUACCCAGUCCUUCUGGUAAGACCAGAUGGCUCCACUAUCACCAUCAGAUACAAGGAGCCCAGGAGAAUUCUCAUGAUGCCAGUGGAUAUCUCCACGCUGUCGGAGGCGGAGAGGAAAGCCAGACUGCGCAAGAGAGAUCCGAAGAGGGGGGCAGCCAAACGAGGGCAGGAUGAGUUUGAGGAUGACUUCAGAGUAGACGAUUACAGCAAGUUCUGGAAGAAGAAGUAGUAAUGAACUGUUUGAGCAGCAUUGAGACCACUUCAAGCUGAAAGUUAUUAAAUUAUCUUAAUUUCAGUACAGUCAAAGUCUUCCUAUUUCUGUAGCAAGUGCCACUUGCUUCAUAUAAUAUAUAUAUAUAUAUAUAUAUAUAUAUA